UCUAUACUACAUUCUCCUCCCUCUCUCAUGUUAAAUAGAUUACAGGGGAUUCACUUAUUUAAAGACUUCGACAAAAGCCGUGUGUGUGCAUAUUUUUGGGUCGGCUUAGAGCAAUUAAACCUCAUUGUGAGCACCUAACUGGAGGAAUCUAAUUACAGCCUACCGCCAAGCCAAGCCCGUCCUACACAGUCUGGAGUCUGGACCUCACAUUGCCUUCCGCGAAAGAGUUCCUCGGAAGCUCCAGGACAACAUCAGCAGCAGCAGCCUCGUCUGACCCAGCCGGAUCGUUGUGCGCCGGCCGCAGUCUGGUGCGUUUUUUCUUUGCAGGAGACGGGAGCCUCGGCGAGAGCUCCGCACACCGGUCCCCAAGCUGUCUCUCCGGCUGCUUCCCGCGAUUAUCAUGGACAAUGACGAGGACGAUGAUGGGAACUUCACCAAGUGGAUGAGCAGUUACUGGGGACACGGGGUAGGGGAGGAGCACGCCAAAGAAAGGAAGAGGAGUUUUAGGAGGCCCUCGCGCAACAAAGCUGACCGCCGUGCCUCUUUGCCCUGCAUGUCUCAGCUGCAAGCCAUGCAGGCGAAUCAUCUCCACGCUAACAGCAUGGCCCCUGUCCCGGUCCACCUAAAGGGCCGUGAGGAGAAGGAAGCGCACGCUCAUCCUCGUGCCCGCCGGGUGUCUUCAGAUGAAAACAGCCGAACCAAAGUCGGGGGACCUGAAUGUCACAUCAGCACCAUUCCAGAGCUCACAGAAUGCUUAGAGAAGAGGCUGCGUUUCAAUAACCAGAAGGUGAUAUCAAUGGGGGAUGCGGAUAGCGUGUGUCUUAUUUGCCAUGAAGAACUACAGAAUGGAAGGGGUGGCCUCCAAGAACUUCACUGUGGCCAUCAUUUUCAUAAAGAGAAGGCAAAAUGGCCAGAACACGGCGCACGUCCACGUAGCGGGAGUUCUGCACCUGCUUGUGAGCGUGGAAAGGAGAUACCGUUCUGCCCUGGACAGGAGGAAUAUCGCUUACCCCGUCGCCAACUCUCUUUACGUAGACAACGUUGAUUGUUUUCAGUUUAACAUGCGCUCUAGAAAAUAAAGGUUCUUUAUUGGCAUCAGUGGUUCCAUGCAGAACUUGUACCACCUUUCCAUAGCACAAAAGGUGGAAAAAGGUUCAGAUUAUUCAAAUAUUAUUCAAAAAAUGAACCUUUAUAAACUAGUAUAGUUCAGCUAAAUAGUAAUCACUCGGUAUAUUAUCAAAAUUCUUGUUAAUUGUGAGUUUUAUUAGUGUUUAGCUCCACACACAAAACGAACCUGCUAAUCUGUUGUUUGCAGAAAGUUUUGUCUUUUUCCCGCUUUUGAAAUCAGAAAAGCAAAAAACAAUGGUAGAUACCAGCACUUUUAUUUGUUUUCUCAUUCCAAGAAAUUUUGAUUGCAUAAAUACUACUGUUUCAAAUGUUAAGAAUUAUAGGUAACCAUAAUACGGUUAUUAUAGUAUUUGUAUUAGUAAACUGUCAAUCAUAUUUAGUUUAUGUGUUAUUAUGAGUUAAUGUACAUUGAUCUGAUAAACUGUUGUUAUUAUUCAUGAACCUAUUGUUUAUUUUAUACCGCUGUUUUGAAUUAGAAAACCAAACUUUGAAUAUAACGUGUUUUGGCUUAUUUUGGAUUCAGAAUUCUGCAUGCUGAAACUGUGAAUAUGGUAAAAUCCUGAACUUGCAGGUCAUAUGUCAGGAGUCGCAGUUAUGAAGCUACAGCUGUUAAAUGCACAUGCUGGAAAUUAGCUGGUGGCUAAUCACGCCACUGUAAUGGAAAUCAAUGGUGGGUCACAGUUCUGCCCCUCAAAGGUCAACAGAUUCAUGCAUGCAGUUAUCAUCCAAUUGCCAUCAUUCGCUUUUUUAAAUGUUUUUUUUUUCUAGGGUGAAAUUGAAACAUUUGGUUUUGUUGUACAUUACUUCCUUUAGCGUGCAUGUCAUGUACAUUCCAGUGAUUUAUCUGUGAACAAAUAUUUUGACCAAACGCAUUUUCCAAUAAUUUAAGCAUAAAGAAAAUUGACACGUUUUAACAUCAUGUGAAGUUAAACUGGCAGUGUGUUUUGCUAUGCUUGCACUUCUUUAAAAGCAAAAUAAUGCUGCGAUAUGUUUAGCAUGUGACGUUGUACUUUUCGAUAGUUUUCAGUGUUUUAUGUACAGCCACAUUCUGGCUUUGAAUGACCCUCCAUAAUUUGGCUUUUCUUUUUUUCAGUGCAUUGAGAAAUGGCUUUGGCAGAAACAGUCAUGUCCCACUUGUCGAGUUCAUGUGACCAUGCCUGAGCCCCUCUACUGGUCCUCCGCUCGUGUCCAGUUUCCCUGACAAAACCUCCAUUUUCCA